UGUGUGCCCUGCCGUCCCCACUCACCACUGCGGGCUGGACAGGAGAUCAACCGGUCACUCCCAGGACGCCCAGGUCAAGGGGGCCUGAAGUCACCUCGUGAAGGAGGCCGGGGAGGCUGCUGGAUCCCGGAUCUCUCCCACCCGUCCCGAGAUGUGCACGGGCUCCUGUGCCAAGUGCCUGGGCUGGGCCCUCAUCCCCCUGGCCGUGGGCGGCUUCCUGGCCAACGUCCUCCUGUUUUUCCCGGGGGGAAAGGUGCUGGACAAUAAUGACAACCUGUCCGAGGAGGUCUGGUACUUCGGAGGCAUCUUGGGCAGUGGGGUGCUGAUGAUCUUCCCCGCACUGGUCUUCCUGGGCCUGAAAAACAAUGACUGCUGCGGCUGCUGCGGGAACGAGAGCUGCGGGAAGCGCUUCGCGAUGCUCUCCUCCACCCUGUUCGCUGUGAUCGGCUUCCUGGGCGCCGGAUACUCCUUCUCCGUCUCCGCCGUGGCCAUCAACAGAGGCCCCAAGUGCCUCGUGGCCAUGGGCACGAACGGGACCCAGUGGACGUACCCCUUCACGGACGGGAACUACCUCGGUGGUGGUGGCAAGGACUUAUGGUCCAAGUGCCUGAAACCUGAGAACAUCAUCCCCUGGAACCUGACCCUCUUCUCCAUCCUGCUGGUCAUCGGGGGCAUCCAGAUGUUCCUCUGUGCCAUCCAGGUGGUCAACGGCCUCCUGGGCACCCUGUGUGGGGACUGUCGCUGUUGCUGCUGCUGUGGGGACGACGGACCCGUGUAAACCCCACGAACAGCUGCCCCGGGGGCUGCCCACGGAGGCCAGUGGGGGGCCGGACUCUCCUGCCCACGGCGUCCCCACUGUGCUGACGCCACGUUCCUCUCCGGUGAAAGGCGCAGCUGGUGUGGCCACCGGGCAGAGGCGAGGCGGCGAAGCGUCUGCCGGAUGAGCUUCUCUUCUGAAGCGAAGAGCAGAGUUUCAGCUGCCGUCUCGAGUUCUCCUCCCGUUGGGGAUACUCCCGGUCACACGGGGCUGUGCCUCUUUGUAAAUAAAGAUGUUUAUACCUUGGCGAGUUCUGCCUGACACAGGGAGAAAGCACAUUAAAAGUGAGAAACUGA